GCAUUACCAAUUUCGGAAGGCCGACCACGUCGAGUACGAUGCUACGAAGAGGCCGUUGGCAAUGGGCCCUUCUCAUCUGGUAUAAGAGGUCAAUCGGACCUGCUUCUGUUGAUGAUUCUCGAGUGCAUCAUCAUUGGCGAGGUCGACGGAGUCAACAUUUGACGAGUAGCACACUUGGUCAAUGUUGUAAAGUGAGAGUGCAUUUCAUUUACAACACUCUAACUUCCUCUCUCGCCCUAGACGACUUCACCACAUGAGAUUCGCUUCCUUGGUUCUUUCAUAUUCAAAAAGACUCUAAUUCAAGACUCGUCUUGAGAAAAAGCCUCUACAUCUACAUCAUUAACAAACUACCAAAAUGUUCCGCAUCCACAGCCUCUCUCGGGUUCGGACACACACCCUUCUUCGCCUCCCAUCACUCCCAUCAUCACAAUGCCGAACAGUCAUGAUGGGCGCCGCAGCGCCAAAAAAGGAAGGCGACAUCUCUUCCGUCUUCGUCUCUCUUUCGGGCACCGCCCGUGAAGCACUCCCGGAUCGCUUCCGUGUGCUUAAGGGGGAUCUCAUCGCGGAUCACGAGGACGCUGUCGUCGCGUCCUGGGGCCGGCUUCUGCGUGCUUUGCGGGAGGAGAACCAAGUGAUCCGGGAAAAGGGACCCGCCAUCAUCCCGAGCGUUGAGUUUAAGGACUUGGAGGGUGAUAUUGAGAGGUUAAAGGGCGAUAUUCGCAAGCGUGGCGCCGCUGUAAUUCGUGGCGUCGUUGAUGAGAAGGAGGCUAGAGGGUACAAAGAGGAGGUUGAGGAGUAUGUCAGGAAGAACCCGUCCACAAAAGCUUUCCCUGCGGAUAACCCUCAAGUCUACGAGCUCUACUGGUCUCACCCGCAACUCAAAGCCCGCUCGCAUCCCAAUAUGCUCAAAGUCCAGUCGACCCUCAUGGGCUCCCUCUGGAACAAGUCACCCUCGGCCGCCAUCUCGCUGCAACCUCUGACCUACGCCGACCGUCUUCGCAUCCGUCAGCCCGGUGACGCAACGUUCGCCCUCGGCCCACACAUUGACGGCGGGUCUGUAGAGAGAUGGGAACGCGAAGGAUACGGCAAGGCGGGGACCUAUGAUGCCGUCUUCCGAGGCGAGUGGGAGAAGUACGACCCGUGGGACGUCAGCGCCCGCGUCGACGCCGUACAAGACUUGUACAACGGUGCCGGCGCAUGCAGCAUGUUCCGCAUGUUCCAGGGCUGGCUGAGCCUGAGCUCCUGUGGGCCGAGGGAGGGGACUCUGUUGGUGAAUCCGCUGGUGCAGCUCUCGACCGCUUACUUUCUCCUCCGGCCGUUCUUCCAGCCCCGCACAGAACUCACUGCGAGUGGCAGCGGGAGCGUCGCGGGAGGAGGGGAGGAGUUCUUGCGAGAGGAGAACUGGGCGUUUACGGGCGGCGAGGCGAUGAGUAGCGAGCUACAGGGAGCGACGCCGGGACACGGACAGGAGCUUAGUGAGGCUCUGCACCCGCAUUUGGAGCUUGACGGAACAAUGGUUCAUAUUCCGCGCAUCAAGCCCGGGGACUUUGUCGUUUGGCACGCGGACCAGAUUCACGCCGUCGAUAAGGUUCACCAGGGACAGAGCGACUCGAGUGUCAUGUACAUUCCUGUGUGUCCGGCCACGGAUCUGAAUGUCGGGUACUUGGCGAGGCAGAGGGAGGCGUUUCUUGAAGGGCUGCCAGGGCCCGAUUUCCCCGGAGGAAAGGGAGAGAGCGAGCACGUGGGGAGGCCUGGAGAGGACGCCAUCCAGGGGGUGGAAGCGAGGAGGGCGAUGGGAUUGGAAAAGUUGAUCGGCGCUGGAGAUGGUCAUGGAGAGAGGGAUCUGAUUCAGAGAGCAAACGAAGUCCUGGGGUUUUGAAAACCUAAGGGAAAGGGGUACCUGAUUUGGUGCAAGUCUUGGCUCAAUAGUUACGCUGAUGACAAGAAGUGAGCAAACAUUUCGAUAUAUCACUUGAAUCACACACAAACUUUUACGUUCG